AUGACUGAGCAGGUGAGUUUGAAUCCAGCGGACGCGUUGGCGGCAUCAGUGACGGCAGCACACCCAGCGAGCGAGAACCUCCGCUACGUGACCGAGGAGGCAAAUGCGUACGCGGACAUCAUCGCGCGCAUGGAGCGCACGGAGGCGGAACUGCGCGCGCAAUUGCAGGAGAGAGACAAUACCAUCCAGGCACUCUCCCAAGAAAACGAGCAGCUGCGAGCACAAGUGGCCAGCCAGAGCCAUGGACAGACGGCGAGCAACGGGGAUGGGAAAGAAGACGCAGAGAUGAAGGUCGCAUAG